AGGUCUCUUUCAAUGGAGGACUCAGUGGCUUGGUUCUUGAUACAAUUGGUCACACCUUCAGUCAAAAGUACCAUAAUAGGGUUAUUCAACAUGAAGCUGGGCAUUUCUUGAUUGCCUACUUACUGGGAAUUCUUCCUAAGGGGUAUACAUUAACAAGUUUGGAAGCUUUGCAAAAGGAAGGAUCACUUUAUGUUCAAGCAGGGACUGCUUUUGUGGAUUUCGAGUUUCUUGAAGAAGUAAAUACUGGAAAAGUAUCAGCCACAAUGCUGAACAGGUUUUCCUGUAUAGCACUAGCAGGUGUGGCAACUGAGUAUCUUCUAUACGGUUAUGCUGAGGGCGGCCUUGCUGAUAUUAACCAGUUGGAUAUAUUGCUUAAAAGCUUGGGUUUCACCCAGAAGAAAGCAGAUUCUCAAGUCAGAUGGGCCGUGCUGAAUACUGUCCUACUUUUGCGUCGCCAUGAAAAUGCACGAGCCAAGCUUGCAGAAGCCAUGUCUGAGGGAAGAUCUGUGGGCUUUUGCAUUGAAAUUAUAGAGAAAACGAUAAGUGAUGCUGAUAUGUAGUUUCAUCUUUCGAUGCAAUGCGAAGUUCCUGGAAGUUAGAAUUUGCUGUCCCCAACCCUUGUUUUGCUUUCUAGAGUCCCUUAUUUGAUAUAUGAUGGUCAAAUUUAAUGACCAAUGUUAUGCUUACCAAAUCAUUUAUAAAAUUUUUUAUUUCAAAUUAGUGUGUGAUUGGAUCAGUGGGUCUAUUAACUUUCACAAAUCAUUCAGUGCAUAGGAUUUUGACAUAUCAUUUGAAAUAUAACAUUUAAUAAACAAAUUUGAGAAGUAC